AUGACGCAAAGUGGAGCUGUGGACGAUGAAAUUAAUGCCAUUCGUCGUGAAUUAUUGAAUCUUAAAGUUCAGAUGUCCACUAUAUCCCCUGAUUCUUCUCUUACUUCACUUGAUGACAAUGAGAGUGAGGAUAAGAUAAAUGUAAAGGAUCGUAAGGGUAAUAAUACGAAUGAGAAAGAGGAUAAUAAUAAUAAUAAUAAUAAUGAUAAGAGGUUGAAUAACGGUGAUGAGGAUACGAAAAUUUUCACACAUUCCUCUGAGCAACUGCGUGAUCGACUGAUGCGAGAGCGAGAGAAGCGACUUCAACUUGAAGAAGAACUACACAUGCUGCGAAUGAGUCAUGAGGAGAACUCCGCGGAUGCCGUGAGAGCGAAGAAUAAAGAACUUGAGCAACUCACACGUGAGCGGAAUGAAUUGCAAGAGUGGCUCCAACGAGGCGUAAAUGAAUGUCGUCGUGUCGCAGAUGAGGCAUCACGCUUAAAAAAUGAAUUAAAAGAACGAACAGAACAUUGUCAAUUACUUGAAAAUACAAAAGAAGAAUUACUGGAGAAAAUUAACAGAAUACAAGGACAACUUUCCACUACCCAAACCGAAUUAGAUCAAUUAAAUGAAAUAAAACAGAUGUUAGCAGCCUCUGCAGAUGAACGUGCCUUCUCUUUACAGAAGAUGGAGGAAAUAAAUGCGAGGCGACAGAAAGAGUAUGAAGCCCUCGUGGUGGAAUCCGAGUCUUGGCGUCAUCGUGCCUCCACACUUGAGAAUGCCGCGAUGUGUCUUCAACUUCUCACAGAGCGAUUAGAGCAGCAGCAGCAACACAUAUUGCGAUUGAGUCAAGUUGUACGUAAAGGAACAUUAAUGGAUGUCUCCGCUGAUGCCUUUGUUCUCCGUGAGAGUGUCGCUGAGCCGCAGCAGCAGCAAUUGGAGGAAUUAAUCCUGCGGGCAAAAACACUUCUCCACACUGUAGCCGCAGCUCUGCAGGCAUUGCAGGUGGAUAUCGCGGCCUUCAUGCGGGAACAACAGUGUGCGCAGGCCGAACAGGAGGCCACACACCGCGAACACCUCGAGGCCGCACAUUUGGAGAAACAGGCGGCUCUACACAAAUAUGAAGUGGAGAGGGCAUCACUCCUGCAGGAGAUUCAUCAUCUUAAGAAGGAAUCACUACGACUACUCACAAGGUCUGGUACUUUAGACACGGAAGAGAUGGAUGAUGUGGAAGGACGUAUUAGUGAAGUGGAGUCUAUCAUGGCAACAAACAAACAAUUAAGUGAAACGAAUGAAAAACUGCGUGAGGAAAACGCCGUUCUGCAAGCCAAGUUGCGUCGGGUAAAGUUAGAUUGGCGAAAAGUACAUGAGAGUCAAUUACGUUUUCAACAGCUACAGGUGGAGGUGGAUAUGAUUAGGAAUACUAAUGAACGAAUACAGAAAGAGAAUGAAAACCUGAAAUUAAUGAUGGAGUUACGCUCCAAUACCCUCUAUGCCCAAGAGCAGGAACAAUCCGAAGGAGAACAACCACCGCUGCCAUCAUCACAACUACCCUUUUAUAGUGUUAACGAGAAAAUGUCAGCUGCUUCCGUGCUUCGACCAAGUGUAUCGGGUAUGAAGAUAGAUAACAGAAGUAGGAGUCGUGGAACGAGUAGGAGUCCUACACGGACAGGAAUCAAUUCACAAAGAAGUACCGAAAGAGAACUAUUUCAAGAGUGGAAGCAUGCAGUACUAAACAAGUUGAUUGAGUAG